AAAAGCGCACGCAGUUAUCUCCUCCUCUGAGCAAGAAUUUCAUGUUUACAAUACAACCAGCAUUUACAAUGUUUAAUACCUUCCUACACUGCCCAAUCACGAGCACCGUGUUUAGAUAACUGCAUUUUUCCACAACUUGGAUAUAUAAUCUAAUUUUGUUGAAGAGAGAUACUCAAAGCCAGGAUGGAUCCAGAUUCUCAAGGAGGUGGAGAUGAAGGUUUUGCAGAUGGAGAAGUGAAUGAUGAUGAGGCCAUGGAUGUGGCACAAGCCAACAAUGAGUCAGAUGAUGAGGUCUUGCAGGGACCAAGAGCCUCCGUCUAUUUCUGUGACCUUGAACCAGAUAAACAAGGUCAUGAUAUUCCCAAAGAAGAGGUGGAACUCAUGAUGAAGGCGGAGCCAUACCAAAGAAAGAUUGACACUUGUCACCUGUGCGGCAAAUGCUGGUUUGACAACCAGUUCAGCCCGGACUGCAGGGAGUGUGGUGGCUUCGGCCUCACCAGGUCCUGCCCCAUCUGUCUCGGACGCUGUAAUGUCAUCUGGAAACGAAAUGUCAAAAUGUCUCACAGUUAUCAUGAAGCUUACUGGGAUGGAGCCUGCGGACUCCCUGCCCACCUACAGCGGCCGUACCAGAUUGAGCGGUUCACCGACUCAUCGGAGGAUGGCCUCUCACAAUGCCUUCAGGAUCUCUCCACAAACUAAACACUCACACACACUCUGCCAUAGUAUCGUCUUCUAACUAAUGUCAGGCCUUCCCUUUUUUUUUAAUCCCCCGUUUUGAUGGAUGUGAAUUGAAUUGAAUGAGAAUUGGAAAAUGGAUGGACAGUUGAACUAUUGUAAGAGAAAAAGUUUUGUGGCCCUUGCCGAUGGAAUGUUAUCAUCUGGUGCGUGCGCUGUGCCUGCUGUUUCUGUCGUAUAUUUUCCAAACCCAUGCGAGAGGACUACCAAAAGUUCUCCCAAAAUGAGGCAGAAACACUUCCACACUGGCCAUGCUUAACAUUUCUAUUAAUUCUUUGGGCCAAUGAUUGUUUUUUGGAUGUCUAAUAACAGUACUUUUUCCAUCUGUCGACUGAGUGGAGCUGCUGAGAAGUGUAGGAUAGACUGGCUUGUUCCUGUCACAGUCACUCUCAGCUGCGACAUUGAUUGACACUGCGUGUUGAAUGACUGGAAGUAAAGAUGCCUGCUUUUUUUUCCUGCUUAUUGCUGUGGAUUUCCAAAAGUAUUGGAUGAUCCCGUCUUUCCGUUCCUAUUCUGACAGUAUGUUUAUAUUGUUUCAUGGGCCUGGUAUCAACAUGUCUUUUCGUGUGGUUUCCAGAAAGGUUAAGCAGUCUCGCAAUUUCUAGGUGUAGUCCUCAAGGGGGUUACUUGACUUUUGAUGAAAUUCUGGAGACUGGUUCUCUUUACUAUAGAAUUAUGAUAUUCAAGGAUGUCUAACAGUGGCAGAAGAGCAACUUCUUGGGUACUUACUUGGCGCAGCUGUGAUAUUUGUGUGGCCAUUCAGGCAAACCCUUUACUUGUCACAGUGUACAGUUCCUUCCUACCAGAGAGCUAAAUUUGGUAAAACCAAUGUGGUCUAAGGCUAGAUAUACUCUAAGUGUAACUGUCAUAGCUUCAAAAUUGAAAAAGUAUAGCCAUCGACAAUGCUGUAGUUCAGGGGUCUCUGAGUAGCAGAUGAUGCGCCCCCUUCUUGGCAUCAAAGUUUAGUAUUAGUGCACCAUGCACAUUUUUCUCACUUUCAACUUUUUUCCCCCAAGGAUUUUUCUGUGAAUAAAGGUUAUGGAGAUUAGAUCAGUAGAUCAUUUGCCCUUUAAAGAAAUAACUUGAAACCUUUUUUUCUUUUCUUUUCUUCUCUUUCUCUUUUCUUUUUUUUUUUUGAGGAAUAUUUGAUGUGGCCCAGGCUUAUCGUAACUCUACUUCCAGCGGCCUCUUCCUAGGUAGUUCGAGUUUGAGACCACUGCUGUCGUUUUUUUCUUUAGGUGUUUUGUUAUUUUUAAUCAGGUUAGCACAAAACAGUGACAGUGUGAAGGGUUUUCCAGAAUAGCCAUACAUUUGGAAGAAGUAAUUGAGUCCAUUGUUUGUCGAACAAGCAAGUUUGUUGGUGUAUCUUGUAAUAUAAAAUGAACGACACUCAUGUUUUGUGUAAAGAAUUUUUUUCCCAUAUCCUUUAUAUCAAUUAUGCAAAGUAAUUAGUGUUUGCGCUGGCUUCAGCAAGAUAUGCUAUGCUUGUCACUUCCAGCUUAAGUCAAUAUCACACUGUGUAUUUUAUUAAUUGUAUUGCUUCAAAGGACUAGCUCUUCGACCUUCUAAUGCUUUUUCGUACAUUUAAAAAAGUUUUGUCAAGCAUUAGUUUUGGGGUUUUUUUUCUCAUUUGAAUCCUCAAUAAUGGAUGGGCAACAUCUUGUUGGGGGCCCCCUCCUCAUGACUCACGACUGAAUGAAAGUGAUGACAGGGAUGUGUUUUUUAGAAGUUUUUCGGGUCAAGCAGCAGAUGCGACAUAAUACAAAUCAGCAUUACACAUGAUCCCUGCUUGAAACUGAGUGUGUCUGAGUUUUUUUUGUGGGUUUUUUUUGUGUGUGUGUAUUUUUUUUCAUUUAAGUUUUUGCAGUUUUUUGGGGGUUUUUAAGGCCAUGUGAUAGAAUGUUCUAUUUUUUGGGGUCAGUUUAUGUUUUUGAAUAUUUUAAGGAUUUUUGUUAUUUCUUUGUUUUAUUUGAAUCACAGCUUCUGUGUUUAUACUGUUGGUUUUGUCAUAAUAUGGUGUUUUCUUCACUUUUGAUGGAUUUAUUUAUUUGUUUUCUUCGUAAUGAGAAGACAGCCUGGCAGCAGGGACACAAGAAGGUAGCAUGUUUUUCUACAACUGUUUAAAAAUGACAAUGGUCAGGCCUUAGAGAGUACAGUGUUAGAGGGCCGUACUUAGGACAGCUGAUUUUUUAAAAAUUUUGUUGUUUUAAAAAAAAAUACUAUUUAGAAGAAUCACAACCCAAAUACAUACAUGUUGGGAGGCUAGUUUUCUUUUUUAUAAAAGUGUACUGACUUUGAUAUACUUUGUAUGUAUGGAAAGAUCAAUUAUGUCAUUCAGGUUUUUUGGAAUAGUUUUCCUAUUAGGUUUUAUUACAUAUACAGAAAAGUGAAGUUACAUAGUACUGAUUGAUGACGUCUUCCAGAGACUAAGUAGAUGGUCAGUCUGUCAGUUGACCGUAUGAAGGUCAAACUGUGUAUUCUUGCAUUGUACUUGUACAUCCUCAUACCUGACAGGCUUCUCAAGAAAUUAAAGUUGUCACUGUGCUGAACCCAGUUCA